AUGUCACACCCCGUAUUCUCUGCCGCUCCCUUCUCCAUUCCUUCUCUCCCUGUCCGUCCUUCCUCACCUCCCCGCCCUGCCUUUCCCUCCUCUGCCUCCUGUCCCGCCCCAUCCCCCCGCCACUCCCCCUUUCCCCCUUCCCCUUCCUCCAAACCCCCAUCCCUGCCCCGCCCUUUCCCUCCCUCCAGCCCCCGUUCCCGCCCCUCUUCCCCUUCCCUCCCCCGUCCCUCUUCCCCCUCCUUUCCCCACCCCCCGCUCUCCCCCUCUCCCUCCCCCCGCCCCUCCAACCUUCGCACUCUAUCUCGCCGGCGCCCCCCUUCCCCCCCAAUGCCCUCCCCCUCUUCGCGCCCCCGCGCCCUCCGCCCCCUCACAGUGGUAGCAGCUGCCUCGGAAGGCACCUCCUACUCCCCCCGCGCCUUCCCCAUCCUCUCCCCCUCCGCCUCCCCUCGCACCCGCUCCGCCUUCUCCCCGUCCUCCUCCCCUCCGUGCUCUCCCUCACUCUCCUCCGCUCCUCCUCCUUCCCAGACCUUCUCACUCCCAUCCUUUCUCUCGGACCGCUACCUACCCUCCUCCUCCUCCACCUCCUCCUCCUCACCCAUUGUCACAGGCACACCUGCUGCUGCUGCCUCCUCUGCAGCGGAUUCCGACCACCCUUUCCCCACCCAGCCACCUUUUCUUGUGCUGGACUUUCCACCGUCUUUAAACCCUGCAAGUGAUUCUGAAAAAGUACCAGGAGAGGAAAGAGGUGGAAGCAAGGGAGAGGGAGCCCUGCCUGCUGCUGCUGCUGCUGCUGCUGCUGCUGCUGCUGCUGCUGCUGCUGCUGCUGCUGCUGCUGCUGCUGAUGGCACAGUGGCAGGGGCAGGGGCAGCAGUGGUGUGUACAGCAGACACAGGAGAAGGCGGUGACAGAGGGGGAGAUGAAGCACUGCCUACUGCCUCUCUUGCACCCCCUGCAUCUGCUGUCCCUGCUGCCCCUGCUGUUGCGGUUGCCGGCACAGCGGCAGUGGGAGCAGCAGCAGCGGUUUUUGCUGCUGCAGUGGCUGGUGCGGGCGGCAGCUCGCCUGAAGUGGAGGGUAGGAGGGAGGAAUCAGACGGUAGGGAGGCAGUGGAGGGAAGGGAGGAGAAGAGUGGGACAGACCAGUCCGACAGGGCAGAGGGGCGAGUGAAUGGAAGUGAGAGGAGUGGGGAGGGCGAUGAGAAGGGGAGCAGUAUGCCUGCCAUGGUGGCGGUACCAGAUGGUGCCACCACGGGAACAGCAGCGACGGUGACACCACUUGCGACCUCCUUGGAGGCUCCUUCUCUGUUGGUGGAACCGGGCGUGUUAGCACCUGCCUCAGCAACAUUGCCCAGGCCAAUGGUUGCCACUGCAGCUGGUGAUGGCAGCGGCAUGGGGAUGGGCAGUGGCAUUGAGGAGGCUGAGCUUACUUUCAGCACCACCAUCGCCCAUGCUAGCAGUGGCAGCAGCAGCAGUGCAAGUGAGGGUGCAAGUGUUGCAAGCAGCAUGACACCAGCGGUCUCUGCUGAAUCUGCUCCCCACAUGCCUCUCUUCCGCCCCAAGGCCCCUCCUCCCCUCCCGCUCUCUCCUCGGCCCCUGUCUCCCCUGCGUUCCAAGCAGUACCUUGCGCUCUUCUCCUCCCCUCCAAUGUCCCCGGAUCUAAAAAAGCAGCAGCAGCAACAGGCAGCAGCAAGGAGGGUGGACUCUCCCCCUCUCUCCCCGCAGCAAAUGUCUGCUCUCUCGCCGUCACCUCCCCGUUCCCCCCAGCAACCCCCUGGCGUGCCUCGCUCCAUCUCCCCCCACCGCCACCGCUUUGCGCUCUCUGCCUCCUCUGCUCUUGCUGCCUCCGCUGCUGCUGCCACCGCUGCUGCUGCUGUCCCUGCUGCUGCCACCGCUGCAUCUGCCAUUGGUACCACUACUUCUGCUUCAGAUGGGGAGAAUAUGUCAGGUACGGGACCGGCGAGAGCAUCGGCAGCUGGGUGUGACGUGGCAGGUCUUGCGGACGUGGCAGAUGAUGCUCACGUGGAAUUUUCCUCUGAUGCCGCCAGCAGCGCAGGUACCCCUGCAGUGGCUGGAUUGGGCCUGCGGACAGUGUGCUCCGGUGAAGUGGAAGAGGAGAAAGAGAGGGAGGAGGGAGAGGAGGGAGAGGAAGGAGGGGAGGGAGAGGAGGUAGAGGAGGUCGAGGAGGGGGGAGAGGGAGUGGAGGAAGAGGAGGAUGAAUGGAAGGAGGGCAACAGAGGGGAGCAAGGGCAGGAGCAGAAAGGCUCUACAGCCUUUGUGGCGGCCCCUAUCCCUGUCCACACUAGCCCUGAUGACCUCUCCACUCGUGCCACGUCCCCCGCUCCUGCUGCUGCAGCAGCAGCGGCGGGUGGGGUGCGGGAUGGGCGAGUGAAGGGUCUGGCGUCCAUGUUUGAAGCCAAGUGUGAGUGCCGCUGGGCCAACUUGCACCUUGCUAUUGCCUUGGCAGCCAAGCAUCAGAAGCAGGCAGCGCCGCUGCCCCUCGCCACCACCACCACCACCACGCCUGCCCCUACUGCACCUUCCCACACCACCUCCCACACGCCUUCACCGCUCACAGCCUCCCCAACGGCUACCACCCCAACGGCUACCACCCCAACGGCUACCACCCCAACGGCUACCUCCCCCACAGAGCCUCCCCCCACAGAGCCUCCCCCCACAGAGCCUCCCCCCACAGGGCCUCCCCCCACAGGGCCUCCCCCCACAGGGCCUCCCCCCACACUGCCUCCCCCCACAGAGCCUCCCCCCACAGAACCUGCCCCCACAGAGCCUCCCCCCACAGAGCCUCCCCCCACAGAGCCUCCCCCCACAGAGCCUCCCCCCACAGAGCCUCCCCACACGGCGCCCCCGUUGGCAGCAGGCCCUCAGAAGCAGCAGCAGUGGGGGUGGUCGUCCCUUCUCGCCAUGGCCUGGCGCCCCUCCUGGCGCUCUGCUCAACCCCCCGCUCCUGCCUCCGAACCUCCCACCUCCGAACCUCCCGCCUCCGAAGCUCCCACCUCCGAACCUCCCACCUCCAAACCUCCCACCUCCGAAGCUCCUGCCUCCGAAGCUCCCACCUCCGAAGCUCCCACCUUUGAAGCUCCCACCUCCGAAGCUCCCGCCUUCAAAGAACCUGCUUUCGAAUCUCUCAUAUCCGAACCUCCUGCCUCCGAACCUCCCUCUUCCGAGGCUUCCACCUCUGAAGCCCCCCCCUCCGAAACUCCCGCUCCCGAAGCACCCGGCUCCCAGGCUGACAGUAAGUAUGAGAGUGAGGAGGGUGAGUUUGUGAGUGAGGGUGAGGGGGCUGCAAGUAAGUAUGAGAGUGAAGGGGAGAGAGACGUUGUGAGUGAGUACGAGAGUGGGAGAGAGACUGGGGGCGAGGGUGGGAGUGAGAGUGGGGGAGAGAUGGCUGCUGCAGUGCACACAGAGCGGAGGUGGGCAGGAGAGGAGGCGAGGGAAGCGGGGCAGGAGGAGGAAGGCGGAGCGAGGCAGGGAAGGCGUGACGAAGAGGAUGUUUCAACGACUGAGGCAGCUGUAUUGCUGUUGCAGGAAGAUCUGGGGAAAGCGCUGGAGGCUUCAAGGGCUGUGCUUAGUGGGAGUGAUGAGGAGAGAGAGGGGAGGAGUGAAGGGGAGCGGAAGGGAGGAGGAGAGGAAGUGGGGGUGAUGGUGCAAGGGGAAGGAGGGAGAGAUGGGGAGGAGGGGAGUGCAGAGGUGGAGGGGGUGGCUGUGGGGGGUGAGGAAGCUGUGGAGGAGGAGGAAGAGGAAGAGGCCGACGGGAGAGGGGAUGAGUAUGGGAGGGAAGAUGGCGGAGAAGCGGGGGAGUGCGUGUCUGAGGCAGCGAGCUCUAGUGACAAGGAAGCUGACGUGAAGGGUGAUGUGGAAGCUGACGUGGAGGGUGAUGUGGAAGCUGACGUGGAGGGUGAUGUGGAAGCUGACGUGGAGGGUGAUGUGGAAGCUGACGUGGAGGGUGAUGAGGAUGGUGUAGUGGAAAUUGAUCCGGAAGAUGACAUGAAACUUGAUUUGGGAGGAGAGGAGCUGGACGUGGGUCAGCUGCAGCGGGAUAUCGAGGCAGUUCUUAAGGAGGCUUUUAAAUUGAAAGGGAAGGGGUUGGAUGGGGUGUGGCGUGUGACUGUGGUGCGAGAUGGCAGUAAGGAGGGGAGCAUGGUGGAGGUGGAUGCUGGGGAGGUGGGUGUGGGGGAGGUGGGUGUGGGGGAGGUGGAUUUGGGGGCGGACGCUGAUGAUGAGGGGGAGGAUGAUUCAGAGGAGGAGGAAGAGGACGAUGAUAGCUAUGCUGGGGAAGAGGAUGAGGACGAGGAGGAAGAGGAAACGGAUGAAGAGGAAGAGGAGGAGAGCGAGGAGGAGAGUGGGGAGGAGGAGGGGUGUGUGGGGGAUAAGGCGAGGUCAUCAGAAGCAGCUACAGUGCAGGCAGGAUCAGGGCCUGCCAUACCCGUCUUGGCUGCUCGUGCUGCAGAUGUAGCAGUGGCGGCGAGAGAGGGGGGGGAGACGGAGAGCAGUGGGAGCGAGGAAUUCGCGGAUGCACGGGGUGCAUCAGGGGAUUCAGGGGGGUCAGAGGGUCGUGGAGAUCUAGGAAAGGGAGAGGAGGAGGAUGAGAGCGAGGGGGAGGAGGCAAGGGGGCAGCAGCAGCACCUCCCCAGCCUGCACAGCCAACCGCCCUCCUUGCCUCCUCAGACAUCCUCCCUCGCUGCUGUUGCUGCCACCACUCCUGCUGCUGCUGCCCCCAGUGCCAGCGACAGUUGUGCGCCUGUCACCUCCUCCCCACCUGUUGCUGCCUCCGCCUCAUUCCCUGCACUUUCCUACCCUCCUGAGCCCCCCCUGCCGCUUACUCACGAUACUCUCCCGCAUGCCUCCUCCAACUCACCACCCCUAUCAACCGCAUCACCACCACCUGCAGCAGCAACCGUAGCAGGAACCGCAGCAGCAGCCGCAGCAGCGGUGGUAGCAGCAGCGGCAGCAGGGGUGGCAGCAUGCAGUCAAUUUGAGGAGGGCUCUGCCAACACAGGCGAUGCUGACAGCACUGGGAGCGCUGGGAGCGGUGAAGGCGUGCGGGCGACUGGCGGUGGUGAGAGCAGAGUGGGUGUUGACGGGCCUGGUGGCGCCAUUGAAGGCGCCACGGAUGAGCAACGCACCGAGGAGGAUAGAGUCUGUGUUGACGGCAUGGGCGGCAGUGACAGAAUGGCUGGCAUGGCUGGCAUGGGUGGCAUGGGUGGCAUGGGUGGCAUGGGGGGCAUGGGUGGCAUGGACAGCACGGGCGGCAUAGUGAACAUUGAGGAUGUGGUGGACGACGGUGCCUCUGACAGCUCCUCUGCAUACCUCUAUCACGACGCCCACAUGGAUCGCUUCAGCUCCGCCUCCUCCCUGCGCUCCGCUUCCUUCCGAAGCACCACCUCUUUCCGCAGCACUGCCUCUGCUUUCGAUGACGCUGCCUCCUCCUUUGAUGACACAGCCAGCACCAUUGCCGGCUACCAAACCCCGCCCACCUUUCCGCCCUCCCCCGCCUACUCCUUUUCCUCCGCCCCCUCCCCCUCCCGCCUCUCCCUCACCUCCCGCUCCUUCCCGUCCCCGUUCCCCCUGACCCUCUCCACGCCGCACCUCUCUCCCCCCGAGUCCCCUGCCUCUGCAGCCUCGGAAGCACUCUACUCUGCUCGGGAAUACUUCACCCCGCGCGCCCAGUCCCCGUCUGCUGCCUCUCUGCGCUCUGACCAGCGCUUCUUCAGCAGCCCGGGCGGCACUGACGGCUUUCACACGCCUCUUCAUACCAUGCAGUCGCCGUCUCCCCGUGCCGGCCUGUACCUGCCCUCUCCCCGUGGCACUUUGCGUGCUCCUUCCCCCCGUGGCAGUUUGCGCUCUCCUUCCCCCCGUGCUAGCCUGCGCUCACCCUCUCCCCGUGCUGACCUGCGUGCAACAGCACAUCGAAGCGGCUUCCACACUCUCACUCCCCGCUCCGCUCUCCGCUCCCUCUCCCUGCAGCCCGCUCGGCCUUCCUUCGCCGCUGCCAGUGCUGCUGGCGCUCGCAGCCUGGCGGACAGUGGAGGAGAGACAGGAGGUGGAAUAGGAAGAGAAGAAGCAGAGGGCAGGGAUACCAGCAGGGAUAUUGGCCGGAAUGUUGGCAGGGAUGGGCAGCAGCAGCCGGACCAGCAGCAGCAGGACUUGGGCCAGCAGCUAGGGGGAGGGAGGAUGGCGGCAGAGGAGGUGGAGGUGGAGGAGAGCGAGGAUAAGUUUGUGGUGGCUGAGCGGCCUGCUGCUGGUUACUCGCAGCCCGUGCAGCAGGAGCAGCGACAGGCGGAGGGGGGGAGGGAAGAGGAAGAGACAGAAGAGGAGGAGCAGAAAGAAAGCAUACCGCAGGAGAGGAUUAUUCCAGCAGCAGUUCCAGCCGUGGUCGCUGCUGUUGUUCCCAUCCUGAACCCUGACGCCCCAUCCUGUGACCCCACAGCAUCUGAACCCUCUCCCUGCAACCUCUCUGCUGCUGAUGCUGCUGCUCCUGACUCGGCUGCUUCUGGAGAAGACGCCAAGUGGAAGCUGCCUGGAAGGAGCCUGUUUGGUCUCUUUGCACGAGGCGCCGGUGGGAGUGCCAGCAGACGCACUGGGGGGACAGAAGAUGUGGCGGAGGAAGGAGUGGAAGGUGUGGGGGAGAGGGAGACGGGCAGCGGUGAUCCGAGAGGGGUGGAGCGCAAGGAUGAGCUUGAGAGCGCUCGGGUUGGGGUGAGGGAGGAUGACGUGGUCGCAGGGGAUACGUUGGGCGGAGUGGAUGGUGGGAUGGCGUUGGGGAGAGCAGAGGGGGAGGAGCAGAAUGAGGAUGAGCCUCGGGAGGAGGAGGAGGUGAAGGGAAACAGCAAUGAGAGGAGAGCAGAAGAGGAGCUGCAGAUGGGAGAGGGGCAGGGGGAGGCAGAGGAGGAACGGGUGGAGGUGGUGGAAGGGUCAGAGAGUGCAGCUGGAGGGGUCAUGCUCAAGGGGAGUGGCAGUGCUCCCUCUGUGUCUGCUGCAAUGGCUGCUGGUGCUGCAGCGGCGGCUGCUGCUGCUGCUACUGCUGUUGCUGCUGCCACUCUUCCCAAUCAUCCCCCUGCUCCGCUCUCCCCACCUCCUUUAGCCUCAUUCGAUGCCCCUUUCUCCCGCUCCUCUAACACCUCCCGCCCUCCCCUCUCCUCCUCUCGCCCUCCUGCAAUCCUCCCCACCUCUGCCGCUGCUGCUGGGACCGCUCGGGCUCGGCUGCGGCCUGCUGUGUCCAUCGGCAGUGCUGCUGCCCCAGCUGCUGGGGAAGCUUCUCAGCUCGCCUCAGCGACCCGUGAAGGCCCGAGGACAGGUGCAGUGGGCGCAGCAGGAAAGAGUUCUGCUGCUGGCAGAAGUGGCGGUUUGGAUGGGUUGAGAGGUGCAGAGGAGUCGGUUCCUGGUAUGGAAAGGAUUGGGGAUUGGGAAGAGGGUGGCGAGGAAGAGGAGGGGGAGGUGUUGCAGGGGCUGCGGGUGCAGAACCGGCAGGGCGAGUGGCAAGAGAGUGAGGACUUCAGGCCGCAGUGCUUGCAGCAGCCACAGUGCUUGCCUUCCCUGCACCUGCCCCAUGAGGGAGGGAGCACGGCGGGAGGUGCUGACGCAGGGGGGAAGCGAAAGCACGGUGGCAGACGGGAGCACGAGACCAGGCGGACUGAUGAGGAUGAUGAUGACUCGGAACCGGAGGAGCAGGUGCUGAAGCACCGUGGGGCUGCCUCCUUUGCCUGCUGCUUCCGCCCAACCCUCUGUUUACCCCGCAAUCCCUUAUCCUUUGCCUGCGCCCUACUUCCCCCCUCCCUCUGCCCUGCUUCCCCCCUCCCUCUGCCCUGCUUCCCCCUCCCUAUGCCCUGCUUCCCCCUCCCUAUGCCCUGCUUCCCCCCUCCCUCUGCCCUGCUUCCCCCUCCCUAUGCCCUGCUUCCCCCCUCCCUCUGCCCAGCUUCCCCCCUCCCUAUGCCCUGCUUCCCCCCUCCUUCCACCCUGCUUCCCCCCUCCCUCCUCCCUGCUUUCCCCCUCCCACCACCCUGCUUCCCCCCUCCCUAUGCCCUGCUUCCCCCCUCCCUCCGCCAAGCUUCCCCCCUACCUUCGCCCUGCUUCCCCCCUCCCUCCGCCAAGCUUCCCCACUCCCUCUGCCCUGCUUCCCCCCUCCCUUCGCCCUGCUUCCCCCCUCCCUCUGCCCUGCUUCCCCCCUCCCUAUGCCCUGCUUCCCCCCUCCCUCUGCCCAACUUCCCCCCUUCCUAUGCCCUGCUUGCCCCCUCCUUCAGCCCUGCUUCCCCCCUCCCUCCUCCCUGCUUUCCCCCUCCCACCGCCCUGCUUCCCCCCUCCCUAUGCCCUGCUUCCCCCCUCCCUCCGCCAAGCUUCCCCCCUCCCUUCGCCCUGCUUCCCCCCUCCCUCCGCCAGGCUUCCCCACUCCCUCUACCCCGCUUCCCCCCUCCCUUCGCCCUGCUUCCCCCCUCCCUCUGCCUUGCUUCCCCCCUCCCUCUGCCCUGCUUCCCCCCUCCCUCCGCCAAGCUUCCCCCUGCCCUUCGCCCUGCUUCCCCCCUCCCUCCGCCAGGCUUCCCCCCUCCCUGCGCCCUGCUUCCCCCCUCCCUUUGCCCUGCUUCCCCCCUCCCUCUGCCUUGCAUCCCCCUCCCUAUGCCCUGCUUCCCCCCUCCCUCCACCCUGCUUCCCCCCUCCCUCCACCCUGCUUCCCCCCUCCCUCCACCCUGCUUCCCCCCUCCCUCCGCCUACUUCCCCCCUCCCUCCUCCUUGCUUCUCCCCUCCCACCUCCCUGCUUCCCCCCUCCUUCCUCCCCGCUUCCCCCCUCCCUCCUCCCUGCUUCCCCCCUCCCACCGCCCUGCUUCCCCCCUCCCUAUGCCCUGCUUCCCCCCUCCCUCUGCCCUGCUUCCCCCCUCCCUUCGCCCUGCUUCCCCCCUCCCUCUGCCAAGCUUCCCCCCUCCCUUCACCCUGCUUCCCCCUCCCUUCGCCAGGCUUCUCCCCAUCCCCUUCCUUGCUUCCCCCCAUCCCGCUCCCUGCUUCCCCCCAUCCCCUUCCCUGCUUCUCCCCAUCCCCUUCCCUGCUUCCCCCCAUCCCCUUCCCUGCUUCCCCCCAUCCCGCUCCCUGCUUCCCCCCAUCCCGCUCCCUGCUUCCUCCCAUCCCGCUCCCUGCUUCCCCCCAUCCCCUUCCCUGCUUCCCCCAAUCCCCUUCCCUGCUUCCCCCCAUCCCCUUCCCUGCUUCCCCCCAUCCCCUUCCCUGCUUCCCCCCAUCCCCUUCCCUUCUCUACACGGUGCAUAG